GGGGAACACAACACUCGGCCUUCUGGGCCUGGGCGGAAAUAGGGGCGGAGGGAAACAUCGACUUCCGGCUUCUCAGGCCGCCACAAGAUGGCCGCCACUAAGCGCGUCCUAUAUGUAGGUGGCCUUGCAGAGGAGGUGGAUGAGAAGGUCCUUCACGCUGCUUUUAUUCCUUUUGGAGACAUCACAGACAUUCAGAUACCACUGGACUAUGAGACAGAGAAACAUCGAGGAUUUGCAUUUGUGGAAUUUGAGUUGGCAGAGGAUGCUGCAGCAGCUAUUGAUAACAUGAACGAGUCUGAGCUCUUUGGAAGGACAAUUCGUGUCAACUUGGCUAAACCGAUGAAAAUUAAAGAAGGCUCUUCCAACCAGGUGAUGUGGUCAGAUGAUGAAUGGCUGAAGAAAUUUUCUGGGAAGACGCUUGAGGAGAAUAAAGAGGAAGGAGCAUCAGAGCCUCCCAAAUCGGAAGCCCAGGAGGGAGAGCCCCCAGCCAAAAAGGCAAGAGCCAAUCCUCAGGUAUACAUGGAUAUCAAGAUUGGAAACAAACCGGCCGGCCGAAUCCAAAUGCUUUUGCGUUCCGAUAUUGUCCCCAUGACAGUGGAGAAUUUCCGCUGUCUGUGUACCCACGAAAAGGGCUUUGGUUUCAAGGGAAGUAGCUUCCACCGCAUCAUCCCCCAGUUCAUGUGUCAGGCCGGGGAUUUCACGAACCACAAUGGCACUGGGGGCAAGUCGAUCUAUGGGAAAAAGUUUGAUGAUGAGAACUUCAUUCUGAAACACACAGGACCGGGGCUGCUCUCCAUGGCCAAUUCUGGCCCCAACACCAACGGCUCCCAGUUCUUCAUCACUUGUGACAAGACAGACUGGCUGGACGGGAAGCACGUGGUCUUUGGUGAAGUUACCGAAGGCAUGGAUGUUGUACAGAAGAUUGAGGCUCAAGGCAGCAAAGACGGGAAGCCCAAACAGAAAGUGAUUAUCUCGGAUUGUGGCGAGUACGUGUGAGGGUCUCUCCUCUUUCUCCUCCUGGACUCCAAGCCGAGUCACGGGAGCGAGCGAGAAGGAACUGUCCGAGAUGCCCAGGCUGGAGAGGGCCCCGUCCCGGCUGGUGGAGAGGGCCCCAUCCCAGCUGGCAGAGCCUUGUGAGCACUUUACCGCAGCCUGCCUGUGGAGAUCAAGAGACCUUCAGGAAAUAAGACUGCCAGUGGAUUUUGUGACCAGCCUCGAUCCGGAGCCUCCUGCUCUGGGUCUCUUCUGGUCUCACAAGUGUGGUUUUUGUGUCAUUUUUAUUCUGUAAAAAUAAAUUCUAAUUUUUCUA